AUGAUUCGUUUAAGUUUUUUGAUAUUACUGUACUUUGCUUCUCGUCCUGGGGACGCUGUCGGCCUUCACGGGUUUCAUUAUCACGGUUUAGAGGAACCGGAAGCCGUGAACAGAGCGACAGAAAAUAUAACUGAGGGAUGGAUCCAGCAGCCCCUCGAUCACUUCAAUUCCCACGAUAAUCGUACCUGGUGGAUGCGGUACUUAAAGAACUCGCACUUUUAUAAGGAAGGUGGUCCGAUCUUGAUUAUGAUCGGAGGAGAAUGGGAGAUAUCGAACGGUUUUCUAGAAGCGGGAUUGAUGUACGAGCUCGCAUCUAAACACAACGCGACCAUGUAUUAUACCGAGCAUCGUUAUUACGGGAAAAGCAGGCCUACUCCAAAUAUUAGCUCGAGCAAUUUGCAAUACCUGAGCGUCGAUCAAGCGCUGGCCGACCUAGCGUACUUUAUUCAAAGUAGGAAGAACUUAGAAGGAUUUGAAAAUAGUACUGUGAUCGUUUUCGGUGGGUCCUACGCCGGGGGUAUGGCCAGUUGGGCCAGAUUAAAGUAUCCUCAUUUGAUUCAGGGCGCGUUGGCUAGUAGUGCUCCGGUUUUUUCAAAACCCGAUUUCUUCGAAUAUUACGAAGUCGUGGCUGAAUCGCUCCGUAAGUACAGUCAGAAAUGCGUCGACGAGAUCAAAGCUGCAUUCGAUGGGAUAGAAAAAUUAAUAUUCACCGACAAAGACGGUCUACAAAAAUUAAAAACAUACUUCAAUUUAUGCGAUCCGAUCGAAUUUUCACCUGACGAUCUUGGCUACUUAAUGAAUACCUUGGCAGAGACAUUCGCUGGCAUCGUUCAAUACGAUAAAGUAACAAAUGGCCGAACGAUGAUCGCAGCUACCUGCGAGAAAAUGACUGCCUCGAACUUGGGUUCUCCUAUCGAAAGAUUGGCGCGGUUGGUGUCCAGCAAUAACUGUUUUCCAAGCAGUUAUAAAAAAUUCGUAAAGGUCUACGCGAACGAAACGUGGGACGCGCAAUCCGAUAUCAUGAGGCUGUGGUAUUAUCAGACUUGCACGGAGUUCGGUAAUUAUCAGACUUCAAAUUCGAAGAAUUCGAUCUUUGGCACGCUGUUCCCCCUGCGAUACUACAUAGACAUCUGCACCGACUUCUAUGGGAAAUAUUAUAAUAUGGAUUUUCUGAAGGGAAGAGUUAAGAGGACGAACUUAAUGUACGGUGGUUUGCAUCCGGAUUUGCGGAGAGUGAUUUUUACUAACGGAGAGAUCGAUCCGUGGCACCCUUUAUCUCUUCUUUCUUCGAAUCUUGAUCAACAAGUAUAUGGGAUACUCAUUAAAAAUUCGUCGCAUUGCCGAGAUUUAUACACCGAUACGCCCACAGAUGGUCAAGAACUCUUGAAGGCCAGAGCUCAAGUGCGCAGUAUUAUUUCCAGCUGGAUCUCUUCUUGA